GGUUGUGUGUAAUGCCGUAGUUGAGACUUUGCACAGACCUGGUGGUUUCAGGGUGUCGGAAGGCAUUGUUUGGGGAGCGCAGUGAUCCAGUGACAGCAAGUUGGCGGGACAAACCUCACCUGCACGGAGGAAACUCUCUCUCUCUCUCUCUUCUCUCUUUUUCCCAGUUCCCUCUCAUUUUUGGGGAAUAGUGCGCUUCUGGCUGUUCUUUGAGGAUGGAGCGUGUCUGGCACAGUGUUUCCUCCGCUGGGAUGUUUAUUCUCGGGGUGCUGUUGGUGCUAUGGUCGGUGUUAAAUGGAGUUUGGAGUUUUAACCUUUACGCAGAGCAUCCUACAGUUUACAAGGGACCCGAUGGAAGUUAUUUCGGCUAUUCUUUGGACUUCUAUCAAGCUACCUCCGACAGCAACACGUUCAGCGUGUUGGUUGGGGCUCCCAAGGCGAAUACCUCUCAGCCCGGUAUUGUGGAGGCUGGGGCCGUCUACUACUGCCCCUGGCCUGGACACCCCGACAGCUGCAGACAGAUACCUUUUGAUGGUUCCAAUAACAGAAUGAUAAAGGUAAACGGCACCAGAGAGCCUCUGGAGUUUAAGUCGCACCAGUGGUUUGGAGCAUCGGUCAGGACUCACAAAGGAAAAGUGGUGGCAUGUGCUCCUCUCUACCACUGGCGGACUGUGAAGCUGAGUGGGGAGAAGGACCCCGUGGGGACCUGCUAUGUGGCCGUCCAGAACUUCAGCGCCUACGCAGAGUACUCACCCUGCAGGACCAAUGAUCCAGACCCAGAGGGACAGGGGUUCUGCCAGGCUGGCUUCAGUGUGGAUUUCACUAAGGAAGGAAUGCUGGUGGUAGGAGGACCUGGAAGCUUCUACUGGCAAGGUCAGGUAAUGACAGCGGGGAUAGCUGAGAUACUGAACGGCUAUUCUUUAAAGGCAGUGCUGAGACGGGUUCCAGGAGAGAAACACACUCGAGCUGCUGAAGACACACACGACGACAGCUACCUCGGUUACUCUGUGGCAGUGGGAGAGUUUACAGGAGAUUCUGAACAAGAGCUGUUAGCCGGAGUCCCAAGAGGAGCACAGAACUUUGGAAAUGUGGUAAUUAUCAACUCCACCAAUCUGACCUUCAUCCAGAACUUCACAGGGGAACAGAUGGCCUCCUAUUUUGGCUACUCUGUGGCUGUCACUGACCUGAAUGGAGAUGGGACCGACGAUGUGCUGGUUGGGGCGCCCCUCUACAUGGAGAGAGAGAUGGAGAGCAAACCCAGAGAGGUGGGGAGGGUGUACCUGUAUCUGCAGAUGGCCCCGCUCACUUUCUCCAAACCUGUUCCCCUCACCGGCACGCACACCUUCGGGCGCUUUGGCACAGCUAUAGCACCCCUGGGAGACGUCAACCAGGAUGGAUACAAUGACGUGGCAGUGGGCUGUCCAUUUGGAGGCGAGGACCGUGGAGGCAGAGUAUUGAUCUUUAAUGGUAACAGAGACGUGUCCACACAAGGCCUGACGCUAAGCCAAGAGCUGAGAGCGACCGGGACCCCCAGUGGCAGUUUGCCUGGAUAUGGAUUCACUCUGAGAGGAGACCAAGACCUGGACAACAAUCAGUAUCCUGAUCUGAUCGUGGGGGCGUUCGGCGCAGGUGAGGUGUCGGUGUACAGGUCUCGAGCUGUGGUGUCUGUGGAAGCUGAAAUGAUCUUGACUCCCAGAAUCCUGAACCCCGAUGACCGACAGUGUCACCUGCCUCAAACAGAUAUCAUGGUUACCUGUCUGCAGGUUGACGUGUGUGCAGCAGUGAGCGGAGUGGGGAUCCCCAGCUCUGUAGACCUGAGAGCAGAGCUGCAGCUGGACUGGUUGAAAGGCACCAGAGGCGGAGUCAAGAGAGUUUUGUUCCUGGACACCGAGCAGCCUCAGCAGACAGGGCUCUUAAAAUUGGGACGCAACCGCCCCCGUGCAUGCCUGAGCUACACCAUUUACCUGAGAGAGGAGGAGGAUUUCAGGGACAAAUUGACCCCAAUCUCUCUGGCUCUGAACUACAGCUUGGCUCCACCCUCUCAUGGCCAAAACCUCCCACCUGUCCUCAACCAUUACAGCAGCACUUUCCUUCAAGAGCAUGCCUACAUUCUCCUGGACUGCGGUGACGACAAUAUCUGUAUCCCUGACCUCCAGCUCUCUGCCAGCAUGGACCGCUCAGAGCUGGAGAUUGGAGACGACAAUCUGGUCAUGUUGACUAUCACUGCGGUGAACCGAGGAGAGGGAGCCUAUGAGACAGAGCUCCACACACUGAUACCAACAGAGGCUGACUAUAUUGGAGUAGAGCGCAGGGUGGAGUCCCUGUCUCAGCUAAACUGUGAGUACAAGAUGGUCAAUGAGUCCAGAAUGGUGGUGUGUGACCUCGGGAACCCAAUGGUGGCUGGCACAGAGCUGUCUGUUGGUUUGAGGUUUUCUGUCCAAAGGCUGGAUGAUGCCGGACCAAAGAUCAGCUUUGAGCUACAGAUCCACAGCUCCAACAAAGAUAACUCCAACAGCAACCCAGUCAGUUUGAAUCUGUCUAUUGUUGCCAGAGCUCAACUCGAUUUACGCGGGGUGUCUCAUCCCUCUCAGGUGGUGCUGCCGUUCCCACGCUGGGAACCCAAAGAGAAGCCUGUCAAAGAGGACGACGUUGGACCGCAAGUAACACACAUCUAUGAGCUCCAUAACUCUGGUCCCAGCAGUAUUCAGGACGCUGAGCUCCAGGUCGGCUGGCCUUCCCAUUUCCGUGACGAGAACCUGCUGUAUGCCAUGGAGAUUAAAACUGACGGACCAAUUAGCUGCCGGACAAACACCAGCCUCAACCCACUCGGCCUUCAGAUUUCUUCUCUCCAGGACACACCUGAACUAUUGGGUUUCUUGAGGAACACCAGCGCUCCCUCUCACCGCCACAAACGAGCAGUCACUGCCGCUGAGAGUUAUAGCGGUAAAACCUUGAACUGCACCAAUAUCUCCUGUUUGAAGAUCCUGUGUAUCGUAGGCCGGUUGGACCGUGGGCAGAGCGCGGUGGUCAAGGUCCGCUCGAGACUCUGGGCUCAUACUUUCCUGCAGCGGCGUAACGACCCCUACAUCCUCAACGCUACCGUGUCUUUCAUAGUCACAGCCAUGCCUUACCGCAUCCAACCCUCCACCCUGCCUCAACACACCACCUCGAUGGGGACCCUGGUGUUGUGGGGGACUCCUGAUGUGUCAUUUGCUGUUCCACUCUGGGUCAUCAUCCUGGCCAUACUGCUGGGGCUGCUGGUGCUGGCCAUGCUAACAUUAGCCAUGUGGAAGUGUGGUUUCUUUGAUCGGGCACGGCCACCAGCUGACGAUGACAUCUCCGACCAGGAGCAGCUGACGUCUGAUCAAACAGGCGACGCCUAAGACUACGCGUGACGCUUGGAGGACUGUGGUUUGGGAGGGAUGUGCACCUUCUGAGUAAUUUAAAUCAGAUCUGAGAUCUGCAUUGGUUGGACCCUUCUUUCCUUGGCUGGAGGUUUUCUGCCUCUCUGGUAAUGAAGCUGACAGACUGAAGAGUUCAGCGCCACACAGACUGGGACCAAAGAACGAGGUUCAAACCGGAGAGAGUGGGACCAAAACACACUUAACAGGCUCAAUCAGACACACAUGUCAGUUGUUUAUCCAUUGUGAUGAAGCACCAGAACUGAAGAACAGAGUGGACUUUGUUGUAAAGACAAUGCUUUAAAUGUUUCAGAACAUUUCUGUGUGUCUGUGUAAGUCAGGCUCAAAGAGACUUAAGAUCCUUGCACAAGUGUGUGUGUGUGUGUGUGUGUGUGUGUGUGUGUGUGUGUGUGUGUGUGUGUGUGUGUGUGUGUGUGUGUGUGUGUGUGUGUGUGUGUGUGUGUGUGUGUGUGGGUACUGUACAUAUGUGUGUCUCUUUUAGGUGCGUCUCGUGUCAUUCUUUCAUUCAGUUAUGAAAUUCUUUCCCUACCUGAUUUAAUUUAUCCCAACUGGGCUGUAUACAGAUUUAUCACACACACACACACACACACACACACACACACACACACACACACACACACACACACACACACACACACACACACAGAUGCAGCCACAUGCAUUAACACAAAGUUGAUGUCUAUAUUUAUGAAUGUAUGUGCAAUAUUUGGGCGUUGCGUGAUACUGAAGCUUGUUUACACUGGCAUUAUUUUAUUAGAGCUUAAUGUUUCCAUUGUUUAUAUAUGAAUUGGUAUAUUAGAUAUUAGUGUUGCUGAACAACAGAAGCAAUUGUUUGGACUGUAAAGUAAAGCCCCACCAUGUAAGUUUGAUAAAGUGCGCAGACAAAUGACUAACUUAUUAAUGUCUUGAUAGAAUGACUAGAAUUUUAUCUUUGAAGAAACAGACCAUAUCUUAACAGCCGAAGCCCUGCACUGCUACUUCAAAGUGUACGUGUGUCUGCUAUUUUGGAUUAUUUUUGCAGUUCAUAAAACAAAACUAGCCAUAAAAUAAACCGUCCAUAUCUGAAACACAUUGUAGACAGUCUGAGACUGUACUGCACAUACUAUAUGGCAUUUAACAGUGUGUUCAAUGUUGUCAUCUGCUUCUCUGAUAUCAUAUCGUGCACAGGCAGGCAGAACAAAGCAGACGGGGCAUCAACAGCACCCUGAAUAUAAAAGGAACUUUUAAUGUGUCAUGUGUGAGUCAUAUUUGUUUUUUGUAUCAAGUGUGAAGUUUGAUCAGAAUAAAGUGUUAUUUGAGUUUU